AGGAAGAAAAAGCAGCAGCGGCAGAAGAAGGCGACGAAGAAGAAUGUCGAGAAUGCUAAACGAAAAAUAGAAGGGACGGAUUGUGUUAACUGGACGUUAAAUCAACGCUGUUACCUCGAGAUAUCACUCUUGAACAUAGCUGCGUUAUAUUCGCUAAACUAUGACAGAGCCACAGUCAGCGCUGUUACUCAGGAGACAGCUUGCAGAGCUGAACAAAAACCCAGUGGAGGGAUUCUCAGCAGGCCUGAUCGAGGACAGUGAUCUCUACAGAUGGGAAGUUCUUAUCAUUGGGCCUCCAGACACACUGUAUGAAGGUGGUGUGUUUAAAGCUCAUCUGACAUUUCCCAAAGACUACCCACUCAGGCCACCUAAAAUGAAGUUUAUCACAGACAUUUGGCAUCCUAAUGUUGACAAAAAUGGAGAUGUAUGCAUUUCUAUUUUGCACGAGCCUGGAGAGGACAAGUAUGGCUAUGAGAAACCAGAGGAGCGCUGGCUGCCCAUCCAUACUGUGGAAACCAUCAUGAUUAGUGUUAUCUCUAUGCUGGCAGACCCAAAUGGUGACUCACCAGCCAAUGUGGAUGCUGCAAAAGAGUGGAGGGAAGACAGACACGGUGCAUUCAAAAGAAAAGUUGCCCGCUGUGUACGAAAAAGCCAAGAGACUGCAUUUGAGUGAUGUAUAGCAAGGAUCUAGCUUCAUGUUUUCAGGGUCUCCAAUUCGAAAAUCAAAAUGGCACUGUUUCCCGCACUCUUCCACCCUCUCGCCAGCCUUGUUCUCCUUCAUCCUGGCAGGAACAGACUGGCUGCUGUAGGCUGCAAUAUACUCUUACAGUGACUAUCAUGGCUGACAGAAAAUUGCCAAGCAAGUGCCAACUAAAAAAACAAAAAAACAAAAAAAACAACAAAAGCCCAGAGGAUGUUUAAAACAUUUUUUCAAGUCUAUGAACUGCUUCAACAUUCAGGAAGAUAUUGUAAAGACAUGUAAAUAGCACAGACUAAACCGGAUAAUAUAUACGCUCCUUUUCCAUCCAUCAAGACAUUUAGACCAAAUAUAUUAGUGCUGGUUUGGAUAGAUUUACUUUUUUGUCCAUUGUCCUCUUAACUCCAGCAUGUGUUAGCUGUCUUUAAGUUGCUUUCACAGGAGGUCUUAAAGAAAAUGAAUCAGUGCUCUUGGAGGAAUGUCACCUGUGAAGCGCUUGUCUGUCUCAAGACAUAAGUGACAUGCCUGAGGAUUCCCGCCAUAUUCUGUUCUCAUGGGUUCUGUAACACUCCCUGAACUCGACGUCACAUGUGCACCUGAAUGAUUUUGUUUAUUUUUUCUUUAUUAGUUUUAAGUCUUGCCAUCCUGCUCAGUUGACCCAGAAACAUGCCCACAAUUUUUUGUGCAUGCUAAAUUUAGUUUCUUUUUCAAAAGUGCCUCCUAAUAAAAUGCUUGGCCACUUCACUCUGCAUUAACAAAGUGUUAAAAAUGUUGGAAAAACAAUGUGGAAAAUUGUGUACCACCUAUAGUAUAGACUUGGAUAAUAGUCAGUACACAGAAAAAAUGUAGAAUUAAGUUAUUGGCAACAAUUUGCUGUAGCAAUGCCCCACACCCCAGUAUGAAGUGUACAUGUUCAGUUUUUAUAACCUGAUGCAAAUUGACCUCCCAAUAUUUUAUUUAGCAACAGCUGUUUUCCACAUCUGUGUUGUUCAUUGUAGGAGUUGUUAUGCAUGCUUUAUCUUACCCUUUCCCCCCCUGAAUGUUUGUUUUUCUGGGAUUUCAUUUGCGAAUGUUUGAGUGUUUGUGUACACAAUGCGUGUGCCCAGUUUGUUUUUGAUGUUCUUUCCCUUCAUUCACAAUCAGAUCAUUCUGCCUACUGAACUAGUGCAGUUUUGCCUAAUGUACAAAGACAAACAAAAACCUGAUGUAUAUUUUUCAUGUUAUGAAAUCUGUCACCUUGUAGUAAGUUCCUCUAAAAUAUUACUUUUUUCAAUAUUUAUCUGUGUAUUUAAUUCAAAUUUGGUUCGGGGUACACAGAGCAAUUGAUAUAAGAACCUCAAAUUUAUAAAUGGCCUUUAUUCUUGAUUUACAUUUGGAGCACUUCAGACUAAUAUGUGCAGGUGUUUGGACAGGUAAUUAUAUUGCCCACAUUAAAAUGUGUUUUCUCUGCAAGGUUGCUCUUCACAUCAGAUUUUGGCAUGACCUUUAGAUGCUUAUGGGAAUGAAAAACAUUUGGUGAGCCAAUAAUUGACACUUCUGUAAAAUGGCAGAUAAACAUAAUUUUACUUUAUUUUUUAAGUGUAAACAGAUUGUUUCCUCUUGACAAGAACACCAAACUU